CAUGCGAUAUUGCAAUUUGCAUAUCGACGUAUGAGUCUGCAGCGGAUCAUCCUUAUGUUAGGUACUGGUCAAUUCACAGUAUCCCAAGCUUUUCUCUUGCGAAUUUUCUUCCAACUUCAUACUUGCAUCCAAACAGGAAAGAAAGGUUUUUGGUUUUUUUCAGUAUAUACGUUAAAUCUUUCCUGGGGACCAAUCUUCGUUACACAUGGAAAUCGAGGUCUACAAUCUGCAUUGAAACCUCCUAACCCUCAGGUCUUCAAACAUACAAAUGUGUAACAUACAAUUAAGUUGGCAUGACUACAAUAAAGUCUCACCAUCAUGUUCUUUAUUUUGGAAAUAUUUUGUUCCCAUUUUGACAUGUAAGUGUUUCUUUUUUACCCAUAGAGAAACCGUUAUGCGUUGUCCAAAUACUGAGAUGGUUACAAACACUCUGUGUGAUUCACAAGACACUUGACGCUGUUGAUCACGAAAUUUUGACACUCAAAAAUGUUUCGAUAUAGCUUUCUGCCAAGAGGCUAUCAUUCGAUGUUACAAAGAAAAUUUAUGAUCACGUAUUAUAGAAAAUUCAUAAUCAAAUGCUUGUAUUGAAAUAAGCUUACCUGGAAAUAAGAUAUGUUUAAAAAGUAUUGGCAAUAAAAGCUAAGCACGCAAACUAUUAAAAAAAUAUCAUCUUUAAGUCCCAAAAACACCGAACCAAAAUCAAAAAAGGCUUUAUUGUAAUGUAAAUUUUUGAAGCAAAUUCUACCUUCCACUUAUAUGUUAACAAAAUCCUCUACUUCUUGUCAAAUUACAUCAGAACAAAAUACGAUGAGUUUAAUUUUAAUUUGAAUUUGUAAAAAAAAGUUGGAGUCUCGCAUUCACGAAUUUAAAAAAGGAGGCUAGUUCAAAAGUCUAUUUUUCAUGUGGCUUUGUAAACCAUCACGAUGGAAAGUAUUGGUAAAGAAUGCGGUCCUCUAAAACACGAAUAUGACAAUUGCUUCAACAAAUGGUACUCAGAAAAGUUUUUAAAAGGCAAUGUUGAUUCUUCGGUAGAAUCUGUUCCAUGCGAAGAGCUUUUCAAAACGUACAAGGAGUGUGUGACGAAUGCAAUGAAGGAGAAGAACAUUGAUAUAGAAGAAGUGAUGAAGCAAGUUUUAGAAACUGAUGAAGAAAAUCAGCCACCUGGGAAAGACUGAGGAUUUAACCAUAGAUUUAUUGGUAUUCAUUGCAAAUCAUUUAAAUAUCUCUUUCUAGGAAUGAGACAAACCAUUUUUAGAAAUUGGGAGCAGAAUCAGGCAAAUGUAUAAAAAACAGUACUGAACCACUACAAAAAGGACUUUGAUAAUUACUAUGACAAUAAUUUAUGUAUGAGUCAUUUGCAUCUUAAUUUAUUUUUAUCUAUGUCAGUUCCCAAUUUUAGUCAACUAUUGAUAAAUUA